AUGGAACAAAUACAAGGGAACAAUUUCAACAUAAACGAUCUGACAGAGGAAGAAAAGGAGUUGCUUCGGAGCAUUCAAGAAAAGAAGAAACAACUUCUUCUAGAAAUACAGGAACUAAAAAGAGAAAUUGAAGAUGUCACAAAUGAACUCGAGGGAAUGGACAUAGGAGAUGAAAG